UGAACCAGCUGAUGGGAAAGGUAGAGCCAGGAGGAGAUAAUAUCAUCAGUAAUACUGAUGUGCUGGAGAUCUCUCCCUAUGACACGCUCUGAGACUGCUCAUCUGCAGAAGCUCAGCACCCCCGGACCAGCACCACACAGACAAACCUCACCUGGACACACACGGGAGGAAGAUUAAGUGGCAAGAUGACAUUUCUUCUGACCCUUCUCACCUCCCUUCUCCUGGUUGGUCCAGCUCUGGGCCAGGACAUGACCUAUGAGGAGGUCCUGACCCAGCUGCAGGGUUGCCCUAGCGAAUGUCGCUGCCCUCCUAACUUCCCAAAUGCAGUAUACUGCGACAACAAGGGCCUGAAGCACAUCCCCAACAUCCCUCCACAUACCUGGUACCUUUAUCUCCAGAACAACCUGAUAGACGUGAUCUCCAAGGACGCGCUGCGCAACGCCACCCAGCUCCGCUGGCUCAACCUCAACCGCAACAAGCUGACCAGCAAGGGCGUGGAGGAGGGCGUGUUGGCAGAUAUGCCCCGCUUGAUGCACCUCUUCAUGGACGACAACCUUCUGGCCUCGGUGCCGUCCGGCCUGCCCUCCAACCUGGAGCAGCUCCGCCUCUCCAGGAACCGCAUCUCCAAGAUCCCCACUGGCGUGUUCUCCGGCAUGAACCGCCUCACCCUGCUGGACCUGCAGGGGAACAAGCUCCAGGAUGACGCCGUGACAGAGGUGAGCCUGAAGGGACUGAGCAGCCUGGUCCAGAUCAACUUGGCCAAGAACCAGCUGAACAGCAUGCCACCCGGCCUGCCUCCCAGCACCGCUCAGAUCUUCCUGGAUGGGAACAACAUCGAGAAGAUCCCCGAAGAGUACUUCAAGGGGCUGCCCAAGGUGGCGUUCCUCAGGCUGAACCGCAACAAGCUGGGCAACAGCGGCCUUCCCAAGAACGUCUUCAACAUCUCCAGCAUGCUGGACCUGCAGCUGUCACACAACCAGCUGACUGAGGUGCCUCUUAUCUCCUCAGGUCUGGAACACCUGCACCUGGACCACAACAGGAUUAAGAGUGUCAACGGGUCUGAAAUCUGCCCGGUGUCGGCUGAGGUGCUGGAGGACUACGUCAACGACGGUGUUCCUCGGCUGCGCUACCUUCGCCUGGACGGCAACCAGAUCAAGCCUCCCAUCCCAAGAGACGUCAUCACCUGCUUCCGCCUCCUCCAGUCCAUCGUUAUUUAGGUUGUUUAUUUCAGCUUCUUAACCUCCCAGGCCUUUCCUCACAGGUCAAAGUGUUCAACACCAGACACCCGGAUGGAAAGAUGAUAAUGAGUUAUAAAAUAAUAAGAUGAAGUCAAAGGUAAAUUCCAUUCUAACUGGGUCAGACAAAAGCAAUUGUGAAAUAGAAACCUUUUGUAAAUGUUUAUCCUGAAUUGAGUUCAUACAGCUUCAAGUUUUCUUUGUCGCUGUACUUGGUUCGGAUAUAGUACAAUUUCCGACCACUAGAUGUGCCUUACUUUCAAAUAAUUUCUGGAAAGUGAAGACUGACAAUCUGCUAAAAUAAAGAAUCUAUAAUAUCAUAUUAUUUACAGACACAAUAUGAUUAGAAUAGGAUAAGAAAAAGUAUGUUGAAUUUUAUGACAACUCCGUAUUCUUAUUUGACAAGAAGAAACUGCUUAUGGAUGCUUAGCCAAAACCCCUUUUUUUACUGCUCUUAAUAAGAAUGUUUGCAUUUGUGUGAUAAAUCUGUUCUGACAUGAAUUAUUGUUUUAUGUGAGGUAUAACUAUGUUUGGCUAUAUUUAGAAAAAAAUCAACAAUAGUGCAUUCAUUUGGGUCAGUUCAUUUAGGUAAUUUAUUUAAUUUAAAAUGACAGUUAAUUUCUUCUUUUUGCUGGACUAUGACAACACAUUUUGUACACAAGAUUCUGUUUCGAAAACAUAUUUUGGUAUAUUCCAACCAUUUGUUUUGUGAUUAUCUUUGAUAGUGUAUUUCUUGUCCACUGUGUGCUUUUAAAUAAAUACAAAUGUUGGGAGAAGAAGAAUGCCAUCUGUGAAUGUUAAUUAACAUUUACAAUUUAAGCCCGAUUUUAAUGAUCCAAUCCUUUAAAUACAGAAUUGCAAUAAGUUUGUCUCAAUGCUUUGACGGGUUUGAAACACUCUUGGGAGUCAAGCUUUGAACGACUCCAAGACCGAGCAGACAUCUUGCCGGGUGAACGUUUCUGAUUUACUGCUCAAGCGUUAAAGAUGCAGCUGUUAGUCAUGCAGAGCACCCACAAUGGAAUUGUAUUCACUUUACAAACGAACAAAAUGAGACCCACAAUCCGAGGAUUAAUAUGUUUCCUAGCAUUCAUAUGUAUUCUGAUAUUUAUAUUUAUUUUCAUAUUUAAAGGACCCACAGGAUUUCUUACCCAAACCUGAGAACCUUUCUUACCUAUAAAGGGAUGGUUUUAAAUACUAUAAACCACAACUUUAUUACAACCAAGUGGAGACUGAGGGGAGAUUCUAGCCAAUAGCAGGUGCAGAACAAUUACUAACAUACCACCACUUUUCCCCUCACUCAGCACACACUCUAGAG